CCCUUAUCACCAUCAAAUACAUAGCAGGAGGCAGUCACCCCUUCCCGCCGACAGCCGCCCUUGCCAGGCCCAGAGCAUGCGAGCUGCGAAGCUUGCCCGGCCCGGAGUCUUCUUCCUCUCGGUUCACCGCCGCGUUUCCCAUCUCCCAGCUCCAUCUGAUGUACGCAUAUCGCGUGCUUGAAAUUUUCAACACCACGAAUGUCUUUUCAGAAUUCUUACAAAAGAUCAUUAUGGACCGCUCUUUCCUCAUCCCUCUCACGAAUCCCUGCCUUCCCAUCUCGUACUCACAAGUACACUCCCAUCGCCAUGGCUCUUGUUCCCCCGGCUAUAGUCGAUACCCACGCCGUGACUGGCCCCCGUCCCACGGAUCAGCCUGGAAUCAUUCACGAUGACGUCGAUGAUAAGGGCGAGCUCUCUGGUUCAGACAAGGACGGAGGGCUCGACAACCUCAACUACAACCAGUCUGUUGAUUCCGUCGAGCUCAAGCUUUACGAACCCCCAGACACAUACGAGUCCAAGCACCGCUGGGAUCCUCGUGCACAGUGGACUCCCGAGGAGCAGCUAAAGGUCAGAAGAAGACUCGAUAUCCGAGUGGCCGCAUUCGCCUGCUUGUGCUUCAUGGCUCUCCAGCUGGACAGAGGAAACAUCUCCAACGCCCUCUCCGAUGGGAUGCUUACGGAUCUCAAAAUGAGCACUGGCGACUACAACACCGGCAUGACCAUCUUCUACUGUUGCUUCCUCUUUGCCGAGCUCCCUUCUCAAAUGAUCUCUAAGAAGCUCGGAAGUGAUGUCUGGAUCCCUAUCCAGAUGAUGACUUGGUCCGCCGUUGCCAUCGCCCAGAUGGGUCUUCAAGGCAAGCAAUCCUUCUACGCUACCCGUGCUCUCCUCGGUCUCCUCGAAGGCGGCUUCAUCGCCGACACCGUCCUCUUCCUCUCCUACUGGUACACUGCCGCCGAGCUCACCAUCCGUCUCUCCUGGUUCUGGGUCUCCCUCACCACAACCACCAUCAUCGGUUCCUUUCUCGCUGCCGGUUUGCUCGAGAUGCGCGGUAUUCACGGGCUUGCCGGGUGGAGAUGGCUCUUUAUGAUUGAAGGUGUGCUCACCUUCCUCGUUGGUUUCUGGGCUUUCUGGUACUUGCCAGCGAGCCCGACGCAGACGAAGAAGUGGUGGAGGCCCAAGGGCUGGUUCACUGAGAGGGAAGAGAUCAUUAUCGUCAACAAGGUGCUCCGAGACGACCCUACCAAGUCGGACAUGCACAACCGAGAAGGUCUGUCUAUCAAGCAGCUUUGGUACUCUCUCUCAGACUAUGACAUGUGGCCUAUCUACCUCAUCGGUCUCGUGGCUUUCAUCAUUCCUUCCACUGUCAGCGCUUACUUCACUCUAACCUUGAAAUCUCUCAAAUUCACUACCUUCCAAACCAACAUGCUCACCAUCCCCUCCAACAUUCUGUUCAUCAUCAUGAACCUCUCCCUCGCCUUCACCUCCAAGAGGCUCAAGGAACGUCUCUUGACAUCCGCCAUUCAGCCUAUUUGGCUCCUCAUCUUCUUGGUUGCCCUCGUGACUUUGCCAGACUCCGCCAAUCGAUGGGCGAGAUGGGCGGUCAUCACUUUGACAAUGUCUUAUCCCUACUGUCACCCCAUCAUGGUCUCCAUGAACAGCAUGGUACGUCUCCUCCCAUGAUGUCAUCUGACACCAGCUAAACUUGUCUCCAGAACGCCGGCUCCGUCCGAACUCGAACCGUCUCAAGUUCAAUCUACAAUAUGUUUGUCCAAGCCGCCUCCCUGGUCGCAUCCAACAUUUACCAGCCAUCCGACGCGCCCUACUACCACAAGGGUAACAAGGUCCUUAUCGGCCUGACGGUGCUGUCCAUUGCCUUGUUUGUAUUCGCAAAGCUUUGGUAUGUGUUUAGGAACAAGCAGAGGGCGAAGAUCUGGGAUACGUGGACGAUCGCGGAGAAGGCAGAGUAUCUCGCGACGACGAGCCAGAAGGGGAACAAGAGGUUGGACUUUAGGUUCCAGCAUUAGAUUUGUUGUGUCUUGUAGUUGUUUGAAUGGUUCGUACGUUUCAAAGAUUGUUAUCUGUACUCGCUUGGUUUAAUUUUGGGUUCUCCACCUGCUUGCUUGCUUUCAGACUGUUAUUACAUAGGCUGCUAUAGAAAUCUUGUAGUGUCCAAAAGACUGCAGACGUUCGAUAGAAGGUCAGAAAUGCAGCUCAUCACCUUUUUGACUAUUGAAGCCAAUGUCAGAGCAGUGCAAUCAUGGCUUGACGUUGUG